UAUGGAAAUUAAACAACUUUUCCAUGAUAUUCAAAGUUUUUGGAAAGUGUCUGUAUAUGUCUAACAUAUACAUGUAUGUCUAACACAUGUACAUGUCUAUUACAUAACAAGUACAUAUGAAAUAAGUCUGCCAAGGCCAGCUGGGAUAGGCUCAAGCAUACCCCCACUAGUAGAAAACGGAUGAAUGAAUAAAUGGGGCUCAAAGGAGGAGUAUUUAUUGAGUGACGUCAGCAUGACGAGUAGAUGGGCGUGGCUACAGUUUGAAGGCGUGCCAACACAGCAAAGCCGCAGACAAAAACUAGAAAGCCGGAAGUAAACAUGGCGGCUGAGAGGUCGCGGCUGUUUCUGGCGUUGGGUGUGCUGUGCGCGCUCACGAGCCGGACCCGCGCAACCGAGCCACGUGCGCGAGAGGUCGUGCACUGCGUGGACCCCCGCUUCGUGUCCGUCACCAUCGACGCCAGCCUCGCGCAGGACGAGCGCUUCAUGUACCUGCUCAGCUCUCCGAAAGUUCGCACUCUGGCGAAAGCCUUGGCCCCCGCCUACCUGAGGUUCGGAGGAACCCGUCAGGACUUCAUGGAGUUCAACCCUCAGCAGAACCUUGGAUUGGCUGCGCCACAACACAACUGGGCGGAGCUUCCGUGGUGGUGGGAGGAGCAUUUGAAGAGGCAGUGGCGGAAACAAGAAAAGCUGCUGGCCAGGCAGGACGUGAGCGGGAAAUUCCCUCAGAUCAAGUUCACAGAGGUGACGCUGGACAUCCUGCACUCCUUCGCCAACAGUUCCGGCUUGGAUCUCAUCUUUGGACUGAACGCGCUGCUCAGGAACGCCGACAACACGUGGAACAGCAGCAACGCUCGCUCACUGCUGCGCUACUGCGAGGCCAAACGCUACCGUAUGUCCUGGGAGCUCGGCAACGAACCAAACAGCUUUGAGAAGAAGGCGGGGCUUCGCGUGGACGGCUUCCAGCUGGGUCAGGAUUUCAGUCGUCUCCGAGAGAUGAUGUCCCAGUCACCAUGGUACCGCCGCGCCGGGCUGUACGGGCCCGAUGUGGGUCAGCCUCGCCGCCGCGCCACCGACUUGUUGGACGGGUUCCUGAGGAGUGGAGCGGACGCUGUGGACUCGUGCACAUGGCACCAUUACUACGUCAACGGCAGAGACACGUCGCUGGAUGACUUCCUGGACCCAAAAGUUCUGGACUCUCUGGCGCUGCAGACCAAAGUCAUCAUGAAAGAAGUGAGGCGCGUGUCUCCGGGGAAGCCGGUGUGGCUGGGAGAGACGAGUUCCGCCUACGGGGGCGGGGCUGCGGGCCUGUCGGACACGUUUGCAGCGGGCUUUAUGUGGUUGGACAAAUUAGGACUGGCAGCCAAACUGGGCGUGGCCGUGGUGAUGAGGCAGGUCUUGGUGGGUUCGGGAACGUACCACCUGCUGGACGACAACCUGGACCCUCUUCCGGACUACUGGCUGACGCUCCUGCACAAGACUCUGGUUGGACGUGGCGUCUUGAGUGCAGCCAUCUUCACCAAGUCGACCGCACGCGUGCGCCUCUACCUGCAUUGCGCCUCCAUUCGCAGGUACGCCAGGGGCGCACUCACGCUCCUCGCCAUGAACCUCAGCAAGGUGGCCGCCAAGGUUGCCGUACCAACGUGGCUGGCAGCAAGCGCCGUGGACGCCUUCGUGCUUCAGUCGGAGCGAGAAGGCGAGGACGGCCUCCUGUCCAGGUCCGUGAUGCUGAAUGGCGACCUUCUCAAGAUGGCAGAGGGCGGAACCCUCCCGCCUCUCAGAGGCAGUCGGCUGCCAGCUGCAGAACACCUUCCACUUCCUGCUUUCUCUCUGGCCUUUUUCGUCUUCACAGACGCACGACACCACGCCUGCACCUCGUGACCGCAACCUCGUCUUUGCAGUCACGUGACCUCCCAGACUGGCUGUGAAGCAUUUCUCUAAUUCAGUUUGGUUUUCAUUCUCUAUUCUGCCUAGCAACAAGGAGACAUCUUUUUAUUAUUCUGCCUAGCAACAAGGAGACAUUUUUUAUUGUUUAUUCUGCCUAGCAACAAGGAGACAUUGUUAGUUUAACAACAAGAGGGAGACAUUUUUGAUGGCUUAUUCUGCCAAGCAACAAGGUGACAUCUUUUAUUGGUUAUUCUGCAACAAGAGGCAUAAAAGAAUAAAAAGAUCCACCAGG